CGAAGAACCAAAGAUGUCCCGCGGCCCCUCCGCAGACAAGAGCUUCCGCUACCUGCUCUCGUGCUUCAGGGCCAGGGUGAAGGAGUCCAUCCAGGUGGAGCCCGUGCUGGACCACCUCACCUUCCUGCCUGCCGAGACCAAGGAGCGGAUUCUCCACAGGGCCGCCACCUCGGGGAACCUGGCCGCCGUGGAUCUGCUGCUGAGCACCCUGGAGAAUGGGUAUUGGCAGCCAGGCUGGACCCAGGAGUUCGUGGAGGCCCUCAGGAGGGCGGGCAGCGGCCUGGCCGCGCGCUACGUGGACCCUGCGCUCGCCGACCUGCCCUCCCCGUCCUUUGAGGCCGCCCACGAUGAGUGCCUGCAGCUGCUCACGCUCCUGCAGCCCACCUUGGUGGACAAGCUCUUGGUUAGAGACGUCUUGGAUGCCUGCGUCGGGGAGGAGCUGUUGACAGUGGAAGACAGAAAUCGGAUUUCUGCUGCAGAAACCAAUGGAAAUGAGUCAGGUGUAAGAGAGCUACUAAGAAGGAUUGUGCAGAAAGAAAAGUGGUUUUCUACAUUUCUGAACAUUCUUCGGCAAGCUGGGUACAAUGAACUUGUGCUAAAUUUAACAGGUGUUGAUUGCUCAAAAAUCAAUACAGAGUUUGAUAAUUUAUUGCACAAAGAUGGUUCUGAAGUAAACGAGCCACUUUCUUCAGUCACAGAUCAGCCAAGUCCAGACAAAGCGGAUAGAGACUCGGAGGACAAUUCACCAGAGUCAUCUUUCAUAGAUUCUUCUAUAGUUACAGAAUCAGACACAAGUUUGGCAGAAGGAAGUGUCAGCUGCUUAGAUGAAAGUCUUGGACAUAACAGCAACAUGGGCAGUGAUUCAGGCACCAUGGGAAGUGAUUCAGAUGAAAGAAAGGUGGCAGAAAGAGCAUCCCCUGUGCCAGAACUGCAGCUCAGGCCUUACCAAAUGGAAGUGGCUCAGCCAGCCCUGGAGGGAAAGAAUAUCAUCAUCUGCCUUCCUACGGGGAGCGGGAAAACCAGAGUAGCUGUCUACAUCACCAAGGAUCACCUGGACAAGAAAAAGCAAGCAUCACAGCCUGGGAAAGUUAUCGUGCUUGUCAACAAGGUAAUACUAGUUGAACAGCUUUUUCGCAAAGAGUUCAAUCCAUUUUUGAAGAAAUGGUAUCGUAUUAUUGGAUUAAGUGGUGAUUCCCAGCUGAAAAUAUCAUUUCCAGAAGUUGUCAAAUCUUAUGAUGUUAUUAUCAGUACAGCUCAAAUCCUUGAGAACUCUCUCUUAAAUCAGGAAAAUGGAGAAGAUACCUGUGUCCAGUUGUCAGACUUUUCCCUCAUUAUCAUUGAUGAAUGUCAUCACACCCACAAAGAAGCUGUUUAUAACAACAUCAUGAGACGGUACUUGAAACAGAAGUUGAAAAACAAUACCUUCAAGAAAGAAAACAAACCAGUAAUCCCCCUGCCACAAAUAAUAGGACUAACAGCAUCCCCUGGUGUUGGAGGGGCCAAAAACCAAGCCGAAGCUGUAAAACACAUUUUAAAUAUAUGUGCCAAUCUUGACGCAGUUACCAUUGAAACGGUAAAAGAGAAUGUUGAACAACUCAAACAGCAAAUAAAGGAGCCAUGCAAGAAGUUUGCAAUCACAGAUGACAACAGAGAAGAUCCAUUCAAGAAGAAACUUCUGGAAAUAAUGACAAACAUUCAAACUUACUGUGAAAUGAUUCCAAAGUCAGAUUUUGGGACUCAGCAGUAUGAGCAAUGGGUCAUUCAAAUGGAAAAGAAAGCUGCUAAAGAAGGAAAUCACAAAGGUCGAGUUUGUGCAGACCAUUUGAGGAAGUACAAUGAAGCCCUACAAAUCAAUGACACAAUCAGAAUGAUUGAUGCAUAUAACCACCUUGAAACUUUCUAUAACGAUGAGAAAGAAAAGAGGUUUGCGGUCUUAGAGGAUAGCAGUGAUGAGAGUUGUGAUGAUGAUGGCAACUGUCAUGAAAAGGAACACGAGGAUGGUUUAAAGAAGCCAUUGAAACUGGAUGACACUGAUACAUUUCUCAUGAAUUUGUUCUUUGAAAACAAGAUAAUGUUGAAAAAACUGGCUAAAAACCCAAACUAUGAAAACGAAAAGCUCACCAAAUUAAGAAACACUAUAUUGGAACAAUUUACAAAGGCUGAGGAAUCAGCACGAGGAAUCAUUUUCACAAAAACACGGCAAUCCACAUAUGCACUUUCCCAAUGGAUUUCUGAAAAUGAAAAAUUUGCAGAAGUAGGAGUUAGAGCCCACCAUCUGAUCGGAGCUGGACACAGCAGUGAGGUGAAGCCUAUGACACAGAAUGAACAAAAAGAAGUCAUUAGUAAAUUUCGCACUGGAAAAAUAAAUCUGCUUAUUGCUACCACGGUGGCAGAAGAAGGUCUAGAUAUCAAAGAAUGCAACGUCAUUAUCUGCUAUGGUCUCAUUACUAAUGAAAUAGCCAUGAUCCAGGCCCGUGGUCGAGCCAGAGCUGAUGACAGCACCUACAUCCUGGUUACCACCAGUGGUUCAGGUGUCAUUGAACGUGAGUUGGUUAAUGAUUUCCGAGAGAAGAUGAUGCAUAAGGCUAUACACUAUGUACAAAAUAUGAAGCCAGAGGAUUAUGCUCAUAAGAUUUUGGAAUUGCAGGUACAAAGUAUAUUGGAAAAGAAAAUGAAAACCAAGAGAAGCAUUGCAAAGCACUGCAAGGACAAACCAUCAUUAAUAACUUUUCAUUGCAAAAAUUGUAGUGUGCUUGCCUUCUCAGGAGAGCACAUCCACAUGAUAGAGAAGAUGCAUCAUGUCAACAUGACUCCAGAGUUCAAACGACUUUACAUCGUGAGAGAAAACAAAGCACUGAAAAGUAAAUGUGCAGACUAUCAAACAAAUGCAGAGAUCAUCUGCAAAUGUGGCCAGGCUUGGGGAACAAUGAUGGUACACAAAGGCUUAGAUUUACCUUGUCUGAAAAUAAAGAACUUUGUAGUGGUUUUCAAAAAUAAUGCAUUAAAGAAACAAUACAAGAAAUGGGUAGAGUUACCUAUCACUUUUCCCGACCUUGACUACUCCGAAUAUUGUUGGUUUAGUGAUGAAGAUUAAUACUUAAUUUAAGGUUACAAAACCAUAUUAUUUCCUAUAAUUUUCAUUAGUAUUUUCUUUACAUCAUUGAACUCAUGCUAGAAUUAAUAAACAUUAUUUUUAUUUUGCAUUGAGUUAUUUAAAGGAACACAGUAUAUUGUGUAUUUAAUUCUCUUAUUUGUUGGUGGAUAUAAUGGUUUGAAUGCAUAUCCUCCUGCAGCCUGAGGUAUUUUGAUUAGGCUUAUAACUUGAAUCACCAGCAGUAUACUGAAGGAGGUGUCACUAGGGGUGGAUCAAACUCUUCAGAGAAGUUGUAGCUCUGGCUGUUAGUAUUAGCUGGAUGUUUGGUGGUGUCUCUCUGCUAUGUAUCUAUGGAAGUGAGCCAGUUUCUUCUGCCACUUAUGGUGUUUCCUCUGCACUCUGUAAGCCUGAAAUAAAUCGUUUAUUUCUAUAA